AUGAGUGAUCAGCAGCAGCAGCAGCCUCAGUCCUCCCUCAUCUGCCCCCCCUGGCCCCACCGUCACAUCCACACGGGUGCCGAGGCGGCGGUCUCCUUCCCGGAGUUCUGCCAGGCCUUCGGCUUCCCCGUGGGGCCCUCGGGCUCCGGCUCCCUGCUGCUCUUCUACGAGCUGCUGGACCAGAGUGGGGCCCUGGUGCAGAGGGGCCGGGCCACCGAGUGCACACAGCUGGGACAGCAGCCCUGGGCCAUGCUGUUCACACCACACAGCUACCUGUGCUCAGUGCUGGACGUGUGUGACUCGGUGAGCUCCGUGCGUCUCUACGCUAGCCACACGCCGUGCGAGGACCCGGGCAGCCCCUGCUGCAGCCUCCUGCUGGCCUUCCUGGAGGAGCGGCCCUGGCUGCGUCUGGACCUGCUCUUCUCCCAGCUCCAGCACACCCAGCCCUGGUGGCCCCGGGCCCCCCGCACCAGAGAGGCCCUGCGCAGCCUGGCCGCCCUCUGGCCCCGGGUCACCCUCAGCCCCCUCUCCGGCCGAGCCUGGGCCCUCCUGCUGGGCAGCUUCGUGGCAGACGCCCCCCUGUCUGUCCUCCAGGGGGCGCCGCUCCUACCAGGGAGGGUGGAGGCAGACCGGCGGGGUGCCGUGGAGCUGUCGGCCAUAACUGGCAUAGGGCCUGCCUACCUGGAUCUACCUGCUCCCAGCCCCACGGACGACACUAACACUGACCCCAACCGAGCCUUUGCUGGACCCAAAACCAUCCUACCUCCUCCCCAUCUCCCCUCCACUGAGGACCCCCACCCUGCCGGACAUCCAGCCCUCCAGUCCCAGCGUCCCCAGGGGCCGACCCCACACGGCGCCGCCCGGCCCAUCAGGCCCGUUAACGUGGUCCGGCACGUGCGGAUGACCCGUUCACUGGCCCCGCCGGACCGACCCGGAUCACACUCCUCCGUCCCCUCCCUGCUGCUCAAGGGCCGGCCCGUGGAGGUGGUGCUGUGCUGA